AUGACGUCGGGGCGCGGCGGCGGUGACGUCACGGCGGGCGGCGUGCGGCGCGCGCGGCAGCUGCUGCACGUGACGGUGCUGGCGCAGAGCGCGGCCCCGUGCGGGCGGUUCCUGGCGGCCGCCAACGACUGCGGCGAGAUCGCGAUAUUCGGGCUCUCGGCCGCUCUCAGCGCUGAGGCCAAGGAGGAAAAUCGGAGACCGGUGAACGUGGUCAGGGCGCACUCGGGCCCCGUUUACUCGCUGGCCUCGACCGAGCGGCUCCUCCUGAGCGGCGCCGACGGCGAAAUCCGGGCCUGGGGCUGGGCCGAGCUGGGCCGCAAG